UACUAAAACCAUUUCUUAUCUCCAAAGCGGACGCUUUUUGUUGUCAAUUGUGCUCAUUUUUAAAUUUUAAUUGCUUGCAUAUUAUUCUAAUUUUUUUAAUAUUAGUUGGUUGGUCAUAAUGUAAUCAUAUAAUAGUUGUAUUAUUGAACAUUAAACUUUAAGUCUUUUUGGCUUUUGUUGUUGGCGAGCCAGCCAGGCCAGAAUAUUUCUGGAGAUGAAAUCUUCAAUAUUAUGUUAUUCUGCAGCUCUUUUUUCUUACCCUUUUUAAAUUAACUCUAUGUACAUAUAGCUCCUUUAAUCUCAUACAUCCCUUUUUUUUUCAGGGAAAGACAAAAUAUCCUAUCUGUCAUUUUUCUUGCACAAGGAAGAAGGAAACUAAGUGAAGCAUUGUGCAAGUAACCAGGAGUGGAGGACAUGGAGGUAGCAUCUUGGUAAAGCAGCUUUAGCUAAAGGAAUGAGCAAAUAUGUUUCUGUUGUCUACUAUAAUGCCCUUGCUACCCUUCUACUUCUUCCUUAUUUCCUCUUCCACAGGAAGAAGAGAGCUCCUAUAACACACUCACUUCUUUUCAGAUUCUUCCUUCUUGGAUUAAUUGGGAGUACAGGACAGAUAUUGUUUCUAUCUGGUGUCAAGCUGAGCUCUCCUACUCUUUCAUCUGCUUUGGCCAAUCUUAUUCCCAUUUUCACUUUCCUGCUUGCUGUCAUUGUAAGGAUGGAGACUUUUGAUGUAAGAAGAUCAAGUAGCCAAGCGAAAGCUUUAGGUGCCGUUGUAUCAGUAGGAGGGGCUUUUAUAGUGACCCUUUACCAAGGCCCUGCUGUUUUGAUGAGAACUUUUGACCAUCAUCAGCUAAUUUUCUCACAAAAUCCUGAAUGGAUCUUUGGAGGUGUUCUCCUUUUAGUCGUUUGUCUUCUGUCUGCAACAUGGAACAUUGCUCAGGGAGCUACAGUUAAGGAGCAUGGAGAACCAAUGACCAUAGUCUUCUUUUUCACAUUCUUUAUCACAAUCCAAAGUGCAGUCUUCUCAUUGGUAUUAGAAAGAAACCCAAAUGCUUGGAUAUUAAAGUCCUCCAUUGAAAUUGUUGCCAUUGUAUACACUGCUGUAUUUGGGAGUAUAUUUCGUAUAGCUAUUCACACAUGGUGCUUAAGGAAGAAGGGACCAGUUUAUGUAGCCAUGUUCAAACCCUUGGGGAUUGCCAUUGCAGUUUUUAUGACAGUCUUGUUUCUUGGGGACACCCUUUAUCUUGGCAGUGUGAUUGGAUCAAUCAUUAUUGCAGUUGGAUUUUAUAGUGUGAUGUGGGGACAAAUGAAAGAAAUGAAAAUGGAUCUCAAGAAUGAAGCUUCCCAAUCAUCUGGUCCAAAAACUCCUCUUAUUCAAACUAGUGCCACUGAAGAAGCUUAAUCAACCUUGUACAAACAUUGAUACCAAGAGAUAAGAUUGUAAUUGAGCCUGUAAAGUUCGAGCUCGACUCCAAAAUAUAAAUCUUAAAAUUAGGCUUGAACUAAAUCAAAAUAUUUCUCCAUUGUUUUGGCGGGAAUUCGGCUCUAUAUUGAGAUUCAAAUUAGAGUCUAUUCGUGUAA